UCCAAAGGGCGCCAUCAAAUGUUUGGUUAAUUUAGAAUACCUAAAUAUUUCAGGCACAAAGAUCUCAUCACUUCCACAGGAGUUGGUAAAAUUGAAAAAAUUGCAAUAUCUGAUGUGCAGAAAUUUGAAAGGGCUUGGCAAGGUAGAAGAUGGUCUCAUGUCAAAAUUACAGAAUUUGAAGGUCAUUGACGUAUUUCCAUCAGGGUGGGUAGACCUGGAAGAGUUAAAGAAAUUGAAGAAACACAACAACAUCAAAGGAAUAGGAAUGCGUGUAGUAUCAAACGAGGUUCUCCAACAACUCUCAUGUUUACCAACAGCUUGGCUUUGUUUAGCCAAUAUGGAUAACUUGGACUCUCUUUCAUUUGAUAUUUUAAGCUGCAAAGAUGAUGGAUUCUUAAAGGAACUAGAAAUUAGAUCAUGCCCACAGAUUACGAAGCUUGUGAUGAAUGGAAGGGAGACUCAUCUUAAUAACCUCACAAUCUAUGAUGUCAAACAACUGCAGAAUAUUAGUUGGGAAAAUGUAUUGCCUCAAGAAUUUUUUCGAAUGUUGAAGAGGUUAUUUAUAUAUAAAUGUAAAUUGGCAAGUGUUGAUUGGGUCCUGCAUCUCCCAUGCCUUAUCCAUUUACAUAUACAAAGUUGUACAGAGAUAGAAACAUUGUUUAACGUCGAAGAAGAGAGAGAAAUCCAACAAGUCUCUAAACUCCCUGUGUUCCCUCACCUGGAAUGUUUAGAAUUGGCAAAGCUACCAAAAUUGAUGCGCAUAAGCAAUUUUACGUUGGAUUUCCCUCGGCUUUCACAUCUUUCAGUGACGGAAUGUCUUAAUCUUCAGAAAGAUUCGUUCGAGCUUGGUUUUAUCAACCAUCAAAUAAGGACUCAUUGUGAUAGAGAAUGGCGGGAGAACUUGGAGUGCGAGGCAAAGAGCCCCCCAACUUACCAGCGAGACUAUUUUUGGAGGGUGACGGCGUCAACGGUGGUGCUGAAGAUUGGGUUACACUCCGAGCUAUGCGAAGGGAGAAUUCUAAAAACGAUAGUGAUGAUUGAAGGGGUGGAGAGAGUGUGGUUUGAAUCGUUUGAUGCUUCGACGGAUCUGGUGAUGGUGAAGGGGACGAUGGACGUGAAGAACUUGCUGGAGGUGUUGAAGGAGAAGCUCAAUAAUAGUGUUGAGAUCAUGCCGGCGAAGAAGUAUGAUGCCGGCGCUGGGGACAAGAAAGAUGGUGGUGUUGGAGGCGGAGGCGAUGAGCAGAAGGAGAUGUUGAUGUUGAUUGAAGACGGUGUGAGAAUGGGUCGUGCGUUGGCUGCAAACGAGGAUGAUAGGGAGAAUGAGGGUGAGCAUGGUAGCCAGAUUCGGGGUCUGAGAAGAAGCUUAACCUUUUGACUUAAGUGUUCUCGUUUUGAGUAUUUUAUUAUUAUAUUAAUAAGU